AUGCGGGAUUCUCAGCACAUCGCCAAUGUUCGCGCCAACAACCCAGAAUAUCGGGAGGAAAGUCGGCCACAGGAUGCCACAGCGCGUGCCCAUAGGAGACGAAGUGAAAGGAUCCGUAACCUUGAGCGGAUUCGGGAUGCUGAAGAACAUGCUGAUCGCGACAGAAUCUUGACUACCGUGUCCCAAAAAAGGAAUCGCAAAAUGGAAGCACGAGCGGUCCGUCGAGAGGAUCCCGAGGAGCGCAGACGAGAGCAGGUGCAAAAUACUGCUGAGCAUGACAUCCGGAGGACCAUUCCGGAGUACCGAAUUCCGAACGGAUUCGAGAUAUGCAGGCACGCGCGACCCCGCCGAGAGGACCCCGAGAAGCAGCGACGAGAGCAGGACCAUUCCGGAGUACCCAAUUCCGAACGGAUUCGGAAUUCCGAGAAGCAGCGACGAGAGCAGGUGCACAAAACUGCUGAGCAUGACAUUCGAAGGACCAUUCCGGAGUACCCAAUUCCGAACGGAUUCGGGGAUAUGCAGGCACGCGCGACCCGCCGAGAGGACCCCGAGAAGCAGCGACGAGAGCAGCACGCGCGACCCUCCGAGAGGACUCAGAGGAGCACAGACGAGAGCAGGUGCACAAAACUGCUGAGCAUGACAUUCGGAGGACCAUUCCGGAGUACCCAAUUCCGAACGGAUUCGGAAUUCCCGAGAAGCAGCGACGAGAGCAGCGCGCGCUUAUCAUCGGCAGACUCGGAGGAACAUGCAAGGGAACAGGAGAGAAAUACUGAGGAGCACCGACAACGACGAAGAAAUCCGGAUGCGAGGCAGCGAGAACGGGAAAUGGACGCCGAUAACAGGAGAGCAACCAGGAGAAAUCCCAUCGCAAGAUCGCAGGAGCAACGGAUGAACACAUCUCAACAACGGGAAACACGACAACAGCGGAGGAUUCGGGAGGAACAAAUUCGACAAAUGACACAGGAUCGGCUAAUCAACGUUAGGAUGGACCCCCAAAACCGACUGGAUGCCUCCCUAAGGCAGUCACAAAGGAACCUGGACGCAAGAGUAGCACUUUCGGAUGAGAUGGAACAGGAACGGGAACUACAGCGUCAUAGGAUUCGAUCAUCGCGAGGGAUCUUUACACAGGAACUUUAA